CACUUUAUCAGACUUGUGAAAAUUCAAGGUUUAAAAAUAAUUUACCUCGGCGGAGUCGGCCGUCACCAUUGAAGCCUCGCGACUGCGGAAGCGAUCACAAUUUAUAACUCAUCUAAAUAUCUUAUCUGACGCAAGUCGCAAAUUACACAACAGUAGUCGCCAGGCAGUUGUACUUAUCGCUUGUUUGUCGUCUGUCUGUGUCAGUCAGUACUCCGAAGCACUUCUGUCGUAUACUCGUACGUCAGUUUACGAACUUUUUAAAAGUUUUCGUUUCGUCUUAAAAUUUGUCCAACGUAAUUCGUCACGGCUAUCUCUUACGCCGAGUUAUACUGUUAUUAUUAUGUUAACUAGUUAACACCAAUACAAUGGACAAAUACGACAAAGCCUCUCAGCAUAUCAAAGAUUCUUUGAACACUAAAAAUCUAGCUGAAUGUCUAUCACAAACAGGACGUUUUUCGUAUUGUGCCUUAUGUGCAACUUCCUUAAGCUGCCUAUAUAAAUAUCCUGCACAUGUAGAUUUUAAGUUGGACUGUUUACGUAUACUAUGUAAUCAUUUAAGACUAAUGUUACAAUUACCAACUAUGCGAGAAAUGGCCAAUUGUGAACUUCCCUUAGAUGCCAAAGUAUAUGUUCGAGCUCUUAAAAAAGAAGAAGUACUUAAAGAAGGCAUGAUGAUUAUUGUACAAGACCUUCUACUGCUGGCCAUUUCAAAUGGUAUCUAUGAUGCUCGAUGGAGAGUCCUUAUAUUAUAUGUUAAUCGUGUGUUUGAUCUUGAUUUAAAUACAGUAGAUAAUUUUGAGUUAAACGUUGUAAAUUGUUUAUCAAAUUUUUUGCCAGUUCAAACUGAACAAGAACAAGCUGAUGCUGCUCGUCGUAUUCGUGUAUCAAAAACUAAACGUUUUGCAAUGAUUGGAUUAGCAUCGGUUGGUGGUGGAAUUCUCCUUGGUUUAACUGGUGGAUUGGCUGCUCCUCUUAUUGGUGCAGGACUAUCUAGUGUCAUAGGAACAUCUAUUGUGGGAGCUAUAGGCACAGUAGGUGGUACAGCUAUUGUCGGAUCACUUUUUGGUGUUGCAGGAGCAAGUUUAACUGGAUACAAAAUGCAUAAAAGAGUUGGUGACAUAGAAGAGUUUCAAUUUCGUAAACUGUCAACAGAUACAGAAACUGGAGAUAUUCAUUUACAUAUUACUAUUGUAAUAUCUGGAUGGUUAAAUGAUGAUAUAGAAACCAGCUAUAGUCAACCUUGGAAAUAUCUUCGAGACAGCCCAGAACAGUAUUAUCUACGAUAUGAAUCUUCUUAUCUGUUGGAGUUUGGAAAAGCUAUGGAAUACUUUUUUAGUUUUGCUGUUUCUGUAGCAGUUCAAGAAUCUUUGAAGUAUACUGUACUCUCAGGCCUGAUGGCAGCUAUUGCAUGGCCUGCAGGAAUUUUGGGAUUGGCCUCUGUCAUUGACAAUCCAUGGGGUGUGUGUUGUCGACGAUCAGCACAAGUUGGAAAACAAUUAGCUGAAACACUACUUACACAUAGUCAUGGUAAUCGUCCAGUAACAUUGAUUGGUUAUAGCCUUGGCGCUCGAGUUAUCUAUUAUUGUUUACGUGAAAUGUCUCAAAGAGAAAAAUGUCAAGGUAUUGUCCAAGAUGCUAUCUUAAUAGGCACUCCGUGUACUAGAAACUCUUCAGAUUGGAACAAAAUUACAGAAAUUGUGGCUGGGAGAGUAGUGAAUGCAUAUUGCAGGAGUGAUUGGUUCCUGAAAUUCCUGUAUAGAACACUUUCUAUGCACGCAAAUGGAGUAGCUGGUCUUCAAGCUGUUCAAUCAGUUAGUGAUAGAAUAGAAAAUAUUGAUUUGACUGAUAUUGUUUCAGGACAUUUUGAGUAUCCACAAAAACUGACGGAGAUUUUAAUGUACAUUGGAGUUAAUGUAGAUGCAUCGGCAAAAGUUCAAUUAAUUACUACACAAUCUAUGCCGGAAGGAAUGUCAGAAAAUUUAAAAAUAAAUGAUAAUUAUACUGUCAAAAAAUCAAAAUCUGUAAUUGAUCUUACAAUUAUUGACACCAAAAAAAAUGAGGCGCAAUGACUGUUUUAUCUGGUAAUACAUAUCGAGCUUAUUUCUUCACUUCAAUAUCAUAUUAAACAAUAUUUUAAAACUUGUUUACGAAAAAAAAAUUUACUAUUGUAUUGCAAUUUAAAAGUUUGCAUGAAUAAUUUAUAAUAACAUGGUGCUUUAAAAAUUAUCGAAAUUAGUAAAUCAUUUAAUAUAUUAGGCAUAAAUCAAAAUUUUUUUAAACAUUCUUUUGAAGGAGCUUAUUUUGAAUUUUUAAAUUUUUAAUUACAUUAAUAAACAAAUUAUUUUUUAUAAAUCGGUUUGAUAAAAUAUUUUUUUAUAAAAUAUUUUCUUAUAUAUUAUAUAUUUAAUAAAAUAAAUAACUAUUAAAACAUUAUAUUAUCAAUAAAAAAUAAUAUUUAUUAACUUCUAAACAGCUAAAAACGAUUAGAUGAUAAAAAAUGUAUUUACUGUUGGUGUUCCUAUUACCAUUAAUAACAUGUUGUCAUGUUCCAAAGAUUUAAUAUCAAUCAAUUUUUUAUGUUUAUUCCUUAAAUUGUAUCUUUAAUUGGGGUAUUAUGAUAAAUACACAUGACUUUCCAAUAAUUGAGAUCACAAUGUUAUACUUAUUGUUAAAUUCAAUAACAAAGACAUAUUAUCUUUAGUUAUAACUUAUAACCAGUGCCUCAAGUUUGUGCUGUUUUUAUAAUUCUCUAGCCACCUGUUACUAGCUUUAAAUUG